UUAUUAUAUAAGAAGCAGAGGAGCUCUGGCAAGAAAGAUAAAUAUACCAAAUUAACCAGCUGUUUUUUUUCAAGUUUUUGUCUUUCAGAUUGAUAUGUAGAAACUGUCAACAGCAGGCAUGUAAUGUUGAAAAGACCUGGAAGAUUGAAUAGUCAUUUUCAUGCGGGUCUAGACCUUUCUUUAUGAUUUUGGACCACCCUUUUAUGGGUCUAUAAAUACAUGCCUCAUUUAUAUCACUACUCAAUUUGUGAUUUAUAAAUAUGCUUCGUCAUCGAUCGACUUUCUAAAGCCAGUGCUUCAGCAAACCAAAGAAAUUCCUCUCUACUUUCCCACCUCAAAGAGAUAAGCUUUCAAUCACUGACAUCAUUCUGAAAAAUGGAUGAAGCACAUGCACAAACAUGGGAUGGCUAUGUAGAUUGGAGGAAUAGACCAGCUCUAAAAGGCCACCACGGAGGCAUGCUUGCUGCCUCCUUUGUCUUAGCUGUGGAGAUAUUGGAGAACCUAGCGUUUCUGGCAAAUGCAAGCAACCUUGUGCUAUACCUGUCCAAGUUCAUGCAUUACUCUCCAUCCAGCUCUGCAAUCAUGGUCACCAAUUUCAUGGGAACAGCCUUCCUCUUGGCUCUCCUUGGUGGGUUUUUGGCUGACGCUUUCUUCACCACUUAUUUCAUCUAUUUGAUAAGUGCUUCAAUCGAGUUUACGGGUCUUCUAAUUCUCACAAUCCAAGCACAAAAGCCAGAACUGAGACCAUCAACCAAUUGCAGUUUGGUGAGCAACAACAAGAAUAGUCCAAAUUGCCAGGAAGUUAAUGGUUGGAAAGAAGUGAUGCUUUUUGCAGGGCUCUAUUUAGUAGCACUAGGAGUUGGAGGGAUAAAAGGGUCACUUCCUCCUCAUGGUGCCGAACAAUUUGAUGAGACCACUUCACAUGGAAGAAAGCAGAGAUCAACUUUCUUCAACUACUUUGUAUUCUGCCUAUCCUGUGGAGCUCUAAUUGCAGUCACUUUUGUGGUUUGGGUUGAAGACAAUAAAGGUUGGCAAUGGGGUUUUGGUAUUUCCACUGCAACAAUACUCAUCUCCAUCCCUCUUUUCCUCCUUGGUUCUCCAAUUUACCGGACCAAAAUCCCCACGGGAAGCCCCAUCACAACCAUUUUCAAGGUUAUAGCUGCAUCAAUUUACAAUGCCUGCAAGUACAGAAAUUCAAGCAAUGCCAUCAUGAACAUGAACAACAACAUGAACACAAGGGAUUGCGAAAGCCAAAACAGCAAUUCCACCCAAAACAUGUCAAAUUCAAAUGAUCAAACCUUCAAGACCAUUGACAAAACACUCACAAACAAGCCAGAAGAGCAUCAAAGACUACAUUGCACAGAGAAGCAGAUACAAGAUGCCAAAACAGUCCUUAAGAUUCUCCCAAUCUUCAUGUCCACCAUAAUGCUCAACUGCUGUCUAGCUCAGCUCUCAACCUUCUCAGUCCAACAAGCAUCAACAAUGAACACCAAGAUCGGCUCUUUCAAAGUCCCCCCGGCUUCUCUCCCCGUCUUCCCCGUCCUCUUCGUCAUGAUCCUAGCUCCGGUCUACAACCACGUCGUCGUUCCGUUCGCCAGAAAAGUCACGAAAACCGAGAUGGGGAUAUCUCAUUUGCAGCGGAUAGGGACGGGGCUAGUCAUGUCCAUAGGCGCCAUGGCGGUGGCUGCAAUGGUGGAGAUGAAGAGGAAGAGAGUGGCGGUGGAAUCUGGACUAGUAGAUUCCGGCGAGCCUCUGCCGAUAACGUUCCUUUGGGUGGCUCUGCAGUACCUGUUUCUUGGAUCUGCUGACCUUUUCACAUUGGCUGGGAUGAUGGAGUUUUUCUUCACUGAAGCUCCUUUGAGUAUGAGGUCUUUGGCCACGGCUUUGUCGUGGACUUCGUUGGCUAUGGGAUACUAUCUCAGCUCGGUGCUCGUUUCGAUUGUCAAUGGUGUCACCGGAGCUUAUAGUAGGACUCCAUGGUUGUUUGGGAGGAACUUGAACCAUUAUCACCUUGAGAGGUUUUACUGGUUGAUGUGCAUUUUGAGUGGUUUGAAUUUUUUGCACUAUCUCUGUUGGGCUACUCGCUACAAGUAUAAAGGAAGUACUACUAGGUCUCAAUAUUGAUACUUGGUUAGAAAAUUUUCAAUUAAUCUUAGCAAAGCAUUCAUAUAAUGCUAUAAUUUGUGUCAUGUGAUUAAAUGUUUUAAGUAUAUAGUAAGUCCUCUAGAGAGGAAUAGAGAACGGUAUGUCUCUUUGAGUAGUCAAUGUGAUUGACUCUUAUAUAUUGGUUGUAGAAUCAGAAAAGUAGGGUAUUUCUUUCUGGAUUUAUUAUUAUCAAUAUUAUAUUAUUAAAUCAUUUUUGCUGUGUUGGUUAAUAA